GGUGGUGCCGGCGUGCGACACGGCUUCCACGCGGACUGCAUCGACCUCUGGCUCGCCGCCAAAACGACCUGCCCCAUCUGCCGAACAGACAUCGAGCCCAAAUCCCCCACUGAAACCAUUCCCCCCAACCCCCCCAUCCCCCACAAGAAGGCCUGCGGUCAGAGCCAGGGGGACGCAGCAGUGAGACGGCAGCUGGCGAAUCAGCCGUGCGGGGAACUGUGGGAACGGAUGGGGGAGUGGCGGAAACGGGGGCAGCGGAAAGGCAAGAAGCGGCUCUUCUGUUUGCUGCAGUAGCAGCAACAGCAGGGGAAGGCGAGGGCGGAGACACGGGGGACGGAGCAGCCCUGGUUGCUGCGGGACGGAGAGGGGCGGAGGGCCGCUUGAGUGGCGGGGAAGGCGAACUGGCAGGAGCACGAGGUUUGGAGUGAGUAUGAUGAUGGAGGAAGAACAGAGGAAAGGGCUUGUUGUUCCAGAGGAAGGUCAACGCUGAACAAGGCUGUCAUUGCAAAGGAAUUUGUGGGAAUAGAGGCCCCUGAAGAGUGCGUUCUAUUUGAGCGCUGCAUCGAAGCAGGAACCAAAUGCAUGGGGUGGAGGGAGAGAAGCACAUCAUGCUGGGAAGCUGAGAGCUUCAACAGACCCAGUGUUUCCCAAGGAUGGUUUGCAGCCCAUUAACAGGAGGAACCCCCGUGAGAGGAGCUUUGCAAGGCGCCAACCCAAAGACUGCUGACGUUGUCGCUCCAGCUGCCACUGCAACUGCGGUUUAGCCAACUGGUUUCCCAUACCCAAGUUCUAAUCCAUCUGGACUAGACAAGGUGGGCAGAAGGUGCCAGGACCAUGUGACAAUGAAGGCGCUAUGUGCGCUGGCAACAGGUAGUCCUGGAGGAAGAUUCACUGUGGAUCAAACAGUCAAGAGGUCAUCAUGCACACAUGAUGAUCGGGUUGGGAGGAGGGGAUAAAGCAGAGGAGGGGGGACAGCAGUGAUGUGUUCUUGGGCACAGGGAAACAGCACCAUGUAUAUUGAAAGGAAAGUCCCCUGCAAGUUACGUUGAAGCACUAUUUAUUAGAGCUGUGAGCUUGCAAAGCAGAGACAACUGUGGUUCAACAGAGGCCGAGGCAAACUUGUGCGCGUGGGGAGGAUACAUAGUCUGGUCAGCAACUCUGUAGCCCUACUGAUGUUUUCUUGCCUGGCAUGGAUGCUUAUUCGUGCGGGAUCUUCUCCUGGUCGUGUAUUACCUUCUACCUGCACUUCUCGAGGCAAUUCAGUUAUCUUAGUUUCGUAGACAUUACCAUAGUGGACUGAGAAGUGUGUGCCUCAUCCAUAUCGGUAAAUCCAUACGUGUGAGGCUUUGAAACUGAAGCCCGACACUGGAACACACUGUUUGCGAGUCGUGCUGGAUGUACAGUUUUUGGACUGGAAUAUGGAUCAGGGA